AUGCGGGAGCACUUGUGCACACCGGAGAAGGUGCAGCCUGCGAUGCAGUUACUCGCAUCCGUGGCUGUUGCUCGGGCUGGCCUCAGCAGGACCGAUAUUAGGCUUCUGUUUGUAUUCUUCGCGGAGAAGCUGGCACAGCAGGAGUUCCAGGCAGCGGCCCUGAGCUCGCUGGCGCUGCUCGUUUCGGACAUCAGGGAGCAACAUGAGUGCGAUGAGGAGUGGUUCAAGAUUGUCGGCACACCUUUCACAGAUUAUGUGCGCGUCCAGCAACUACCGCUUCACAGUCGCAAGCAGUGCUUUUGCAUCAUGUCUUUUUUGUUCACCGAGAAAACCAUGGAGCUCUGCGAUAGCAAUACCCUGGCGGCGCUGCUUGAGCUGAUCGAUGGUGAGAGUGACCCCGAGCUAGUGUUGCUGACGUUUGACUUGCAUGUGAUGGCGGCGACCCGCUCCACAAGAGAAGCAUUCGCCACCGUUGUCGAUGACUACUUCGAGAGCGUUUCCAGCUACUUCCCUGUGGUGUUCUCGCAGCCUCCGGGGUGCAAGGUAACCAAGACAGACCUGCGGGGGGGCUUGAAGCGGUGCCUCUGCCUCGCUGUUUACAAGGAGCUCUGCAUUCCGUUCAUGCAGAGCAAGCUGGCCUCUCCAUCCACCGCCGUCAAGGAGGACGUACUUGAUGUUCUGCUCACGUGCUUCGACAUGUACUCCUCUCAGGACUUGGUGCCGCACUGCCAAUCGCUCGUGCUUCACAUGAAGAGCGAAGUGAUCAAACUGUCGUCCUUUGCUGACCGCGCAUCGAACGCAACGUUGACCAAGUGCCUGCUCAUGAGCUGUGAAGUUCUCGGUCGAGUGAGCAAGCAGUGCAGUGUCAAAACGCAGUCGGAGGCGCUAAAGAUAUUUGGGCCCGUGGUGGAGGGUUUUUUGGCCGCUCUCUCCGCUGACCCACCAACCUGCUCAGCCUAUGGAACAAUGGUGGUUCACAUCCUCACAGGGGCGUGGAAUUGCUGCCUCUUUGUCGCCUCGUAUCUCUUCUCGAUGCUCGCAAUGUCCAUCGAAGGGGCGGAGCGCCCAGCCAAUGCGUUUAUUCUGCUCGCUGCCCUUGGCAGUGGCAUGCUCGAUGGCUUGAAUGCGUUUCCCGGCGAAACCCACAAAGAGCAACUCCGCAGUAGCAUCGAGAGAACCACCCCAAUGAUUAUGGAGGCAGUGACAGGCUGCUCGCAGAGAUGGCGCGCCGCGGGCGACGAGGAGUGCAUAGACGACUUUACUCUCAUGUGCGGCUGCGAGUUCCUCGUGUGCAUGCUGAAACUGUCUGCCGCCAUGGAGCCUUGGAUGCCGGCGGCGGCGGCGUCCGAGGGAGUCGACACCCUUGUGUGGGUGGCGCUGCAUCGCACCGCUGAGGUCUCCACAAAGGUGUGCCGGUUGCUGCGCGAGUACGCCGCCGUGGAUGCGCCGCAGGUGCAGGAAGCGCUGGCGCGUCUUCUUUGCAACCCGUCGGCCCCGCCUGAGAAGGCACUGACUAUUGCGUGCGAACUGGCGAGUACCUCACUGGCGGCGCUUCUCCUCGUAUUUGGCGAGGGCUUCUUUUCCACAACGUGCGAGUGGAUGCGAGGAAUGGCAGCAGGGGAGCUGGCGGCGGCUUUGCAGAAGGCACUGCAGCACUUCAGGCGAGCGCUGCAGGAUGGCGCUGCGGACCGCAUGACGGCGUUGCUGGACCGCGACGACGUGUCUCCUGAAUUCUUUGAGUGCGCAUCCCUUGUGGCUUCGAAUUUGAGCGGCGGCACCUGUGGACAGCUGCUGUCCGCAGAGGGAUCUCUCUCCUUGCUUGGAAUCGCGGCGGUAGUGAGCGGGCGCACACACCUUCGCUGCGUGCAGUACAACUGGGCAAACACGGCGGCACAGUUUGUCGCUCUCACGACUUCCGACCACCAAGCGUGGCGUCGGGUAGGGAUGGAGGGCAUUACGGGGAUGCUUAACAACAAGGUUUUCCCAGAGGACACACAAGCCCUGUUCAGUCGCGUGCCGACAAGGGGGCACCUCAAUGUGGAGGUUGCUAUUCUGUGGGGCAAGCUGCUCGUGGACCGCGCUGACAGUGGCGAGGCGGCGGCACCACCGGCUGGUGAGCUGGUGUCUUCCUUCCUGUAUCAGCACCUGGAGGCAGGAGUUACUGCCUCCUGCUUCGACUGCGCAGCGGUGCAGGAGGCCUUCUCGUACGUACCGUUCUUGGCCACUCAAGCAGCUGACCGUCCGUCCGUCUUGCAGCUGCUCUUGGGGUCUGAAAUGGGUCAUUCGGAGCGGCCCAACUACGCACUAUGUUCAGCACUCCAGUGCCUUGUUGAUGAAGAGACAGAGGGGCAAGUACAAGCCUGUCUCGUAGACCUUUUGGUGAUGGUGCGCAAACUCACCAGCGGCGGCACAGACGACGAGCGUGCGCUGGCUCGCGCCCUGCUCUUCAGCGUCGACAAUAAGUGCGGUGGUAGUGUUGCGUUGGCUCGUUCUGUACUCUUCAACGAGUCAAGUGUGCAGGCGCUGCUUGAGGGCACCAAAGACGCGGCUCUCACCGUGCGGUACCGCAGCUUGCACCUCAUCAGGUCUCUCGCCCGUGGCGCCUUGUCGUUGAUGAAGAGCUGCUCCCAAGAGGAGAAGGUGGAACUGGCGCGCGUACGCGACCAUAUACUUCUUGUCACGAAGCAGUCUCUAGGGGAUCACAAGCGAAGGGCUCGUCAGGCGUCAGCGGCGUGCCGGCAUGAAUGGUUCAAGGUGAAGUAG